AUAUAUAUAAUAUAUAUAGACACACACACGCUCUUGCAUCUUCUUCUGGUAGAAAUUAUUGAAUCGCAAAGCUGUCCAAACCAUUUGGAUCUUCUCUUCUCGUGUGAUUUUUCCACCAAAGUCAUCCGAAAUGAACGACGCAGAUGUCUCCAAGCAGAUCCAGCAGAUGGUCCGAUUCAUCCGCCAAGAAGCAGAGGAAAAGGCCAACGAGAUCUUAGUUUCUGCUGAAGAAGAAUUCAAUAUUGAGAAGUUACAACUGGUUGAGGCUGAGAAGAAGAAGAUCAGGCAAGAGUAUGAGCGUAAAGAGAAGCAAGUUCAAGUUCGUAAGAAGAUUGAGUAUUCGAUGCAGCUUAAUGCUUCUCGGAUCAAAGUGCUUCAAGCUCAAGAUGAUGUGGUUAAUUCCAUGAAAGAUGUAGCGGGAACGGAUCUUCUGAAUGUCAGCCAACAUCACCAUCGGUACAAGCAUCUUCUCAAAGAUCUCAUUGUUCAGAGUUUACUCAGAUUGAAGGAGCCUGCUGUCUUGCUACGUUGCCGGAAAGAUGACCAUCAUUUGGUGGAGUCUGUCCUGCAUUCAGCAAAGGAAGAAUAUGCUGAGAAAGCAAAUGUUUAUCCCCCAGAAGUCAUUGUAGACCACGAUGUCUAUCUUCCACCUGCUCCUAGCCAUCAUAAUGCUCAUGGUCCUUUCUGCUCUGGAGGUGUGGUGUUGGCAUCUCGAGAUGGGAAGAUUGUGUUUGAAAAUUCUCUUGAUGCGCGGUUGGACGUUGUAUUUCGUAAAAAACUUCCUGAGGUCGUGGAGCAGAGUGUGGCCAAGAAGGGGAUGGGGAGCUCCCUCAUUGACAAGGGAACAUCCAGAAGCUCGCUAUCGAAGACAUUCAAAGAUCCGCAAGCUGCUAGUUGGUCAGGUUGUAUAAUGGAAUGGCGUGGCCUAUGCAUGAUGGAUGGUUUGUAUUGUUGUUUGGUGCCUGGAUAAUUUAUGUCCAAUAGUUGAAGAUCAAGAGAUUAUCAUCAAUUCUUUGGUUGUUUAUUUUAAAUUUCCUGUUUGCGAAAUACCUUUAUUUCUGAAAUUAGUGAAGCUGGUACCUGGUUUAGUGCUUGUAUCCUCCAAGACACCUCAAGGCACUCGUUUUCAACAAUAAAUAAAAUAUCAAGUGUUUUGAUCAA